CACCGCUCGCUCCGCCACGGCCAUUCUCUUCCCGGACGAGGCAGUGGUGGUGGAGGGGCACGUGCACGUCACACUGCUGCACGGCGCUGCCUCCCUGCACGGCUUCGCCCUGCCCCUGUACCGCCCCACUGCCCUCUCUGCUGACUCCACCCUCUCUUCCGCCGGAGGGAAGGGAGGGGAAAGGGUGGCGGCGGCAGUUGAGAAGGGCGGGGGAGGGGUGGAAGCAGGGGCAGGGGGGAAGGGCGCGAAGCUGACGAAGAAGCAGAAGAAAGAGGCGGCGAAGGCAGCAGCAGAGGCGGAGGCGGAGAGGAAACGGCGGGAGAAGGCGGAGCGGGGGUGGCGCACAGACGUGCAGGGCAUGGCUGUGGUGCUCUUCCAGUCCUGGGGGCCCGGGCAGCUGGGGUUGGGUGCGGUGGAGGAGGGUGCAGUGGGGGAUGGUGUGGUGGGGAGUGGUGGAGUGGAGCAAGGGAAGAAUGGGAGGAAGGGGAAGAAGGGGGGGGCGGUGGGGGGUGGGGGGGUUGAGGAUGUGAUGGUUGCGACAGAAGCAGUGAAGGAUUGGAGAGUCACGGCCAACUUCACAUUCCGGCUGCUGGUGAGCGGGAGGGAGGGCGGUUGUGCUGCUCUCUUCCUCCAUAUCCCACCUCUUGCCACUGCUGAGGCUGAGAGAUGUGGGGUGACUAAGAAAGUCACUCCCGGUGGUCUUUCUCUGCGCCCUGCACUCACCACCUGCACAUUCACUGUGUGCCCUCCCUCCGCCCCUUCCACUCCUUCCCAACCUGGCCCCCACCUGCCCCCCUACCUGCCCCCCCACCUGGACCCCACCCCACUCCCCCAGGAGCCGAGCACGCCCCUACUGAGGCUGAGAGAUGUGGGGCGGCUGAGAAAACCGCUGCAGGCGGCCUUUCUGUGUGGCCUGAACACUCACAGGGUGGCCCCCCGGGGGCAUGGGCAGGGCGGGCAGGGGCUGGGGGGAGGGGGGGGUGGGGGGAGAGCCAGGGGGAAAAAGGGGGGGAAGCGGUAUGAGGGGGACCGGGGUGGGGGAGGAGGAGGGGGAGGAGGGGGAGGGGGAGGCGGAGGGGGAGAUGGAGGGGGAGGGGGAGGCGGAGGAGGGGAAGGGGGAGAGGGAGGGGAAGGGGGAGGGCAGAAGGCAGCAGGGCCGUGGAGGCAGGAGGGGCGGGUGCUGACGAACUCAGAGAUGAAGGGGUGGGAGGCGGUGCGGUGCGAUGUGGUGAGCCGCGAGUGGGAGGAGGCGGGGAGGAAGCGGAGCAAGAGGCGGGCGCGCGGGGAGGUGCGGGUGCCUAUAGUGAUGGUGGUGGGGGGCGUGAACACUGGCAAGUCUACGUUUGCCAAGUUCCUAGUCAACCAUAUGCUGGGCAGGCACCCCUGUGUGGCCUUCCUGGACACGGACGUGGGUCAGCCUGAGUUCACUCCGCCCGGCCUUGUCUCGCUGCACCUCCUCUCCCACCCCGUCUUCGGUAGGCCACACAGCUUUGCACCAGCGCACGCCCCUGGCAAGCCACCUGUAUGGGGCCAUCAGCCCUCCCUGUCCCCAACAUCCCAUCACCUGCGUGGACGACCCCAUGCUCUACCUGCUGCUUGCCCCUCCUUUCCCCCCCACACUACAGGCCACCCUGCACUCCACCAGAGGACCCCCCUAGCAAGCUACCUGUACGGCGACAUCAGCCCGCCCUCCCCUCCCUACCCUCCCCACCUCCGUUCCCCCUGCCCCCUUGUUACGUUCCUGCGGUCCCCACACACGACAGGCCACCCUGCGCUGCACCAGCGCACCCCCGUUGCAAGCCACCUGUACGGCGACAUCAGCCCCGGCAGUGACCCCGCACUGUAUCUGCGGCAGCUCUUCUCGCUCUACGACUGCUUCCGACAGAACUACUAUGAUGGGCACGGGGCAGCAGCGCUGCCACUGGUGAUCAACACCCAUGGGUGGAUUAAGGACAUAGGGUACGACCGCUUGGUCGACCUCAUUCCCUACACGGCGCCCACACACGUCAUAUCUGUCCAAACUGCCCAACCUAGGCUACAGUCCUCUCUUCUUAACCCCUUCCGAGUUUCCUCCCUCCCCUCCCUCUCCCUGCCAAACCUCUCCGCCCAUCCCCCAGGCAUAGGUUAUGACGCUUUAGUGGAUCUGAUUCGCUACGUGGCCCCCACACACGUCAUCUCGCUGCUCGCCCCCGAUGCAGCAGACAACCUGCCUGCAGGGCACUUCUGGCAGCCGGGGGGGUUCGCCCCCGAGGACAUCAACCCCAACAUGACGCCCCUGGGUGGUGUGGGGGGCGGUGGCGAGGGCGCCGGGGGGAUGGGGGGGGAGUGGGAGGGGGAGGGGGAGGGGGGCGAUGUGGGGGGUGCAGGGGGAGGUGCAGGGGUACAAGAUGGGGGAGGGUUUCGUGGGGGAGGAGGAGAUGGGGAAAGAGAGGGAGUGGUAGCAGCAGCAGCAGGGCAGGGGGCAGCAGGCCCUCCACCUCCAUCCCUCCUCCCCUCCUCGCCUCCCCUCUCCCUCUUCCUCCCAACCCCUCUCUCCCUCCUCCCCUGCCCCCCUCUCCUCCCCCUCCUCAUCCCCUUCAGCCACUUCAGGGAGAGAAGGCCCACGUCAAUGCUGCUGUUCACCGGCAACCACCUCGCCUUCCCAAACAAUCCCCUCGCCCUCCCAACCAAUCCCCUCGUCCUCUCAACCAAUUUCCUCGUCCUCCCAACCAAUCCCCUCGUCCUCCCAACCAACCCCCUCGUCCUCCCAACCCCCUCGUCCUCCCAACCCCCUCGUCCUCCCAACCCCCUCGUCCUCCCAACCCCCUCGUCCUCCCAACCCCCUCGUCCUCCCAACCCCCUCGUCCUCCCAACCCCCUCGUCCUCCCAACCCCCUCGUCCUCCCAACCCCCUCGUCCUCCCAACCCCCUCGUCCUCCCAACCCCCUCGUCCUCCCAACCCCCUCGUCCUCCCAACCCCCUCGUCCUCCCAACCCCCUCGUCCUCCCAACCCCCUCGUCCUCCCAACCCCCUCGUCCUCCCAACCCCCUCGUCCUCCCAACCCCCUCGUCCUCCCAACCCCCUCGUCCUCCCAACCCCCUCGUCCUCCCAACCCCCUCGUCCUCCCAACCCCCUCGUCCUCCCAACCCCCUCGUCCUCCCAACCCCCUCGUCCUCCCAACCCCCUCGUCCUCCCAACCCCCUCGUCCUCCCAACCCCCUCGUCCUCCCAACCCCCUCGUCCUCCCAACCCCCUCGUCCUCCCAACCCCCUCGUCCUCCCAACCCCCUCGUCCUCCCAACCCCCUCGUCCUCCCAACCCCCUCGUCCUCCCAACCCCCUCGUCCUCCCAACCCCCUCGUCCUCCCAACCCCCUCGUCCUCCCAACCCCCUCGUCCUCCCAACCCCCUCGUCCUCCCAACCCCCUCGUCCUCCCAACCCCCUCGUCCUUCCAUGAUCCCAUCCCCCCAUGGUCGUAUUCCAUGGUCGUGCUGGAUAAGGCACGGGACGAGGCAGGGAGAGCAAAUGGAGGCAGGGCGUGGGAGACGAAGGAGGAGAAGGAGGUGGUGACGGCGGGCAGCAAGCAAGGGGUGGGUUUUACCCUCCUUUCUCAUCUCAUCCCAACCCCCUUCUCCCUGGUUUCACCCCCGCUUUUCCUCAUCUCAUCCCACAUCCCUGGUUUCAUCCCCUUUUCCCCUAGUCCCAUCUCGUCUCCCCCCGAUACCAUCCCGGCCUUUGUGUUAUCUCAUCCCCAUUCCCCCCCCUGGUUUAACCCCUUUUGCACAGCACUGCUCCUGGCGGCCUUUCUGUGUGGCCUGAACACUCACAGGGUGGCCCCCCGGGGGCAUGGGCAGGGCGGGCAGGGGCUGGGGGGAGCGGGGGGUGGGGGGAGAGCCAGGGGGAAAAAGGGGGGGAAGCGGUAUCAGGGGGACCGUGGGGCUUGGGAGGCGUUCUCGUGGACCCCGCCCAAGGGGAAGAAAGGGCAUGCAUGUGUCCGGGCAUGCAUGUGUCCGGGCAUGCAUGUGUCCGGGCAUGCAUGUGUCCGGGCAUGCAUGUGUCCGGGCAUGCAUGUGUCCGGGCAUGCAUGUGUCCGGGCGUGCAUGUGUUCGUGCGUGCAUGUGUCCGGGCAUGCAUGUGUUCGGGCAUGCAUGUGUCCGGGCAUGCAUGUGUUCGGGCAUGCAUGUGUUCGGGCAUGCAUGUGUCCGGGCAUGCAUGUGUUCGGGCAUGCAUGUGUUCGGGCAUGCAUGUGUUCGGGCAUGCAUGUGUCCGGGCAUGCAUGUGUCCGGGCAUGCAUGUGUUCGGGCAUGCAUGUGUCCGGGCAUGCAUGUGUUCGGGCAUGCAUGUGUCCGGGCAUGCAUGUGUCCGGGCAUGCAUGUGUUGGUGCAUGGCAGCACAUUCAACUGCCUGCCUCCUCUGGACAUCUGCCACCCCGUUCUGCCCGUUCCCACCAUUCCGCUCUCUCCUCUUCCCCUUCACCUUCCCAACCCCCCCUCGCCAGGCACCCCUGUGUGGCCUUCCUGGACACGGACGUGGGUCAGCCUGAGUUCACUCCGCCCGGCCUUGUCUCGCUGCACCUCCUCUCCCACCCCGUCUUCGGUAGGCCACACAGCUUUGCACCAGCGCACGCCCCUGGCAAGCCACCUGUAUGGGGCCAUCAGCCCUCCCUGUCCCCAACAUCCCAUCACCUGCGUGGACGACCCCAUGCUCUACCUGCUGCUUGCCCCUCCUUUCCCCCCCACACUACAGGCCACCCUGCACUCCACCAGAGGACCCCCCUAGCAAGCUACCUGUACGGCGACAUCAGCCCGCCCUCCCCUCCCUACCCUCCCCACCUCCGUUCCCCCUGCCCCCUUGUUACGUUCCUGCGGUCCCCACACACGACAGGCCACCCUGCGCUGCACCAGCGCACCCCCGUUGCAAGCCACCUGUACGGCGACAUCAGCCCCGGCAGUGACCCCGCACUGUAUCUGCGGCAGCUCUUCUCGCUCUACGACUGCUUCCGACAGAACUACUAUGAUGGGCACGGGGCAGCAGCGCUGCCACUGGUGAUCAACACCCAUGGGUGGAUUAAGGACAUAGGGUACGACCGCUUGGUCGACCUCAUUCCCUACACGGCGCCCACACACGUCAUAUCUGUCCAAACUGCCCAACCUAGGCUACAGUCCUCUCUUCUUAACCCCUUCCGAGUUUCCUCCCUCCCCUCCCUCUCCCUGCCAAACCUCUCCGCCCAUCCCCCAGGCAUAGGUUAUGACGCUUUAGUGGAUCUGAUUCGCUACGUGGCCCCCACACACGUCAUCUCGCUGCUCGCCCCCGAUGCAGCAGACAACCUGCCUGCAGGGCACUUCUGGCAGCCGGGGGGCAACUCCUACCGGGUGGCACACGAGCAUCGCAGUGUGCGGGUGCUAGCAGCCAUCCGCCACGCUCUCUCCCCCUCCCGCCGCCUUGCCCUCUACAAGCUCGCCCGCCACAUCCCCCCCCACCCCGCCCCUCCCACCACCACCUCCCCCUCUUCCACCGCCUCUCCCUCUUCCACCACCUUUCCCUCUUCCUCCGCCGGCCCCCCUGCGUCCUGCCCUCCCUCGCGCCCCUCGCCCGCUAUCCCCGCACCCAUCUUCCUGUUCCCGUUUGACGAGCGCUGGGAGAUGGCGCGCUGUGCGCGCCUGCUGGCGUGGCGGGCGCCCUUCGAGGUGGACCUGGGGGACCUGCACGUGGGCUGCGCACAUGGGGAGCUGUCUCCCGGCAACACGCUCAUCGCCCUCAAUGCCGCCAUCGUCGGCCUCUGCUCCUCCUUUCCUCCCCCUCUCCCCUCCCUGCCGCCUCCGCCCUCCCUGCCCAUUGACCCAUCCACCUCUGCUGCUACUACUUUGCUUAUGACCGUUAUUAUGAUCCGACUCAGCAUCACCAGUACCAGACGUGUUCAGGGGCGUGGUUGGCUGUGGGGCUGUGGUGUGGCGACACUUGUGCUCUGCCUUCUCGCUGCUCCAUGCACUCUUCGUCCUGCUGCCCAGCCCACCAUGCCAUCCCUCUCGAUUACUGUUCUCAUCAUCCCCACCACCAGGCGUGGUGAGGGGGGUGGACGCCAGCAGGGGAGUGGCACACGUGGUGGCGCCACUACCACUGGCCCGCAUGCACCACGUCGACACGCUCCUCAUCUCACACCUGCACCUGCCCUCUCCGCUGCUCCUAGUGAGUUCUAUCCUCCUCAUUUUGCACCUCCACCUGCCCUCUCCACUGCUCCUAGUGACUUCAAUCCUCCUCAUUUUGCACCUCCACCUGCCCUCGCCGCUGCUCCUAGUGAGAGCAUUCUCGCACCUAUCCGCUCUCUCUUGCCCUCCCUUGCCUUAGUCUCCCUCCUCCUCCCCAACCACCCAGUGAACGACCUGUGCAACGACCUGGUGUCGCCGUACCUCUGCUUCCACUCACUCGCCGACGUGACUCUAGGAGCCAAGGAGCUGCCCAUUAGGGAGGUCAAGCGGUGA